GAUGGCUACAUGCCCAUGAUCUACAGCAUUGCUCCCUCUCCGAAUGCAGAUUACAUCCCUAUGCAACCCCGAGCAAACCACCCUGCUACCCUGGACAUUCACCCCUGUUCCUCGCAGCAAGCGGACCGAUAUGGCUACAUGAUGAUGCUCCCAGGCGACAGCCCCUCUGGUAGAGAGCAGGUGGAGUAUGACGACUACAUGGACAUGUCCCAACUUACCGUGGCUGAAGGCUUUUCGCAGGCCUCGCCUGAAGGUCCAAAGAUCUCUUACUUCUCACUCCCGCGCUCCUACAAAGCCCCGUCACGAGAAAAGUGCGAAAAGAUGGAAUACAUUCCCAUGUCCCCAGCUGAGCCCUUAAGCCCACCUAGUCCCGGAGAGUACAUUCACAUGAACUUCGGGUCCCGUCCCUCUCACGUCUCUGCUUCUCCAUCAUCCGUAAAUUCGCCCUCCACUCCGCCACCUUCUCAGCCCUGCUAUCGGCACUGUUGCUCCUCACCAGACCAUGACUACUUGGGCCUAAACAUGGACAGCCUCCUGAAGGACCACCCUCCUCGACACUCGCUCGUAGCACCGUGGAACCCGCCCAACUAUGCCCGCCCCUUAGGGUGCUCUUACGGGCAGGCGUCGACUAAUUUAGAUCGUGAAAAGACUCAUGACGAAUGUGGAGAUGGUCCGUUGAGAACAAUGCAGCGCCUUUGUAUUUCCGAGCAUCUGCCGUUCGGUCAUACAGAGCCUAAGGUCAUCAGGGCGGACCCGCAGGGAAGGAGACGACACAGUUCAGAGACGUUCACCCCCUCGCCUGCUUCUUUUGUUGGUGGUUGCGGAAUCAGGCCCUCAGCCAAUCAGAAUCUCCCCGAAGCUAGCAGAUGGCAAAACUCCAGCUCCUUCGAUAGCAUGUGGUCACACUCGGAUGCCUCUCCUGACUCGGCAGCCCUAGCGACAAGCACCGCUAGCGGAGGGACGCCUCAGAACACCUCAUCCAGCUAC